AGUGCUUUCAGAUGGCUUCGUUUGUUAGUUGUUGUUUGUCUCUGUUCGCGCCCUUCAUUCUGUCCUAUUCCUCUUAAAGAAAUCUUGCCCAUUAUGGCUACGAUCGUGUUAGGUGUUCAAUGGGGAGAUGAAGGAAAAGGUAAGCUUUGCGAUAUCCUCAGUUCUGAAGUUCAGAUUUGCGCCAGAGCCACCGGUGGGAGAAACUGCGGUCAUACUGUCGUUGCCGGGGGAGUAUCCUAUGACUUCCAUAUGCUACCAUCGGGACUACUUCACCCAUCAACAAUAAGUAUUAUCGGACCUGGUGUAGUCCUGCACGUACCUACCUUCUUCUCCGAGCUCGCCAGCAUAGAGGCCAAAGGAGUCGUAAAUGCCCAACAGAGGCUCAAGGUCUCGACGCGCUGCGCGCUCAACCUAGAUCUCCACGCCACCGUGGAUCGUCUCCGCGAAGGGCAGCUAGGCGGAAAGAACAUCGGCACCACAGGCAAAGGUAUCGGGCCAGCUUACACCACCAAGGCCGAGAGAAGCACCGUGCUCCUCGGCGAGCUUCUCGACGACGAGGACUUCGGAGACCGCAUCAGAGCCAUGGAGCGAGAUUAUAAACUAAGAUACGGCGGCGACCUGGACGGAUAUGACGUCGAAGCCGAGAUUAGAGAGCUUGAGAACUUCCGCGAGAAACUCCGCCCCUUUUCCAUCGACGACGUCUUGUUCCUCGAGCAAGCGCAAUCCAAAGGGCAGAAGAUCCUCGUCGAGGGCGCGCAGUCGGCCCUGCUGGACAACACGUACGGGACCUGGCCGUACGUGACGUCGACGUCGACGACGCUGGGCGGCGUGCUGGCGGGGCUGACCCUGGACCACCGGAAGAUCGAGCGGGUCGUCGGCGUGCUGAAGGCGUACAGCACGCGCGUGGGCUCCGGGCCUUUCCCCACAGAGGACUCCGGCGCCGCGGGCCGCGCGCUGCAGGAUCUGGGCCGGGAGGUGGGCGUGACGACGGGGCGGGCGCGGCGCUGCGGCUGGCUGGACCUGGCGGCGGCGCGGUACUCGGGGGGCGUGAACCACUACGACGCGCUGAACCUGACGAAACUCGACGUGCUGGACGCGUUCGCGGAGAUCCGCGUGGGGGUCGCGUACAAGCACCCCGACACGGGGGCGCCUGUCAACGGGUUCCCGGCCAGCGCGAAGCUGCUGUCCCGCGUCGAGGUCGUGUAUAAGACGAUGAAGGGCUGGAACACGAAGACGACGGGGACGAGGAGGUUCGAGGAUUUACCCCGGGAAGCGCAGGAUUACGUUACGUUCAUCGAAGAGUUCCUGGGCGUUAGGAUCAAGUGGAUUGGGUGCGGACCCGGGCGAGAAGACGUCAUAACUCGUUGAUUCUCUUAGCAGCAGUCCCCCCCUUUUCUUUUCCUGACCCUUUUUGGGGGGUGGGCUUAAUUCCCAACUUCGACCCAGAUUUCUUCGCCUACCUACCUAACACGCAGGUUCGUACAGAAAAAAAAGAAGAAGAAGAAGAAGACAUGAGAUUCCAAAAAUGAUUCACCAUUAAGAUUUACUAUGAAAUGGGAUCAUGAAGAACUUGUUACUUUAGAUUGAUCCUGACAAUGAAUUAAUAGAUAAAGGGGGAAUAGGUAUGGUAGGAAUAGCCUAUGGAAUGAGCACCACCUUAUGGUUCAAUCAUAGUGAUUCCAAAUGUUUAUUAUCUUAAAAAGAACGAUUAAAUUAUUUAAGUCGUAGAAGCAUAUCGCCUGACGCCUUAACCUAUUCUAAUUGUUCGAAAGUUGGAUGCGGGUAAUCGUAUAUUAGGUAUAGGAGGUUACGUAGAAAAUUAAGGACUUAUGCAGACUUAAUCAAAAC